CCCACGCCGCAGAAGCUGCUGCCCUUCCCCAGCCAGCUGGAAGUGGGUGUGGACAAGCCUCCUGCCCGUCCCACCGCCUUCAAGCCGGUGCUGCCGCGCUCGGGGGCCAUCCUGCACUCCUCCUCCUCCCCCGAGAGCGGGGGGCACCUCCCCCCGCCCCUGCACCCCCCGGAGAAAGCCAAGGAGCAGGAGCUGAAGCCCGUGCUGUGCUCGGGGGGUCUGUCUGACUCGGGCAGGAACUCCAUGUCCAGCCUCCCCACCCACAGCACCAGCAGCAGUUACCAGCUCGACCCCCUCGUCACCCCCAUGGGCCCCAUCAGCCGCUUCGGGGGCUCUGCCCACAACAUCCUGCAGUGUGCCAUCAUCCAGGACAGCAACAUGAUGAGCCUCAAGGCCAUGUCCUUCUCCGACGGGGGCAACAAGAUCCUGAACCCCGGCAAAGCCCCUCACCACCACCACGGAGCCGCGGAGAAAACCGCCUGCGUCCGCUCGCCCAUCUCCACCGACGAGUCCACCAUCCAGGAGCUGGAGCAGAAGCUGCUGGAGAGGGAGGGGGAGCUGCAGGAGCUUCAGUCGAGCUUCGAGGAGAAGGAAAUCAGCUCCUGCCAGGCCUACGAGGAGAAGCAGCGGCGCUGCAAGGAGGAGCUGGAGGGCCUCAAGCAGAAGUGCAACAGCAAACUCAAGCAGACCUCGCAGAAAACGCAGCGCACGCAGCAGGUCCUUCACCUCCAGGUCUUCCAGCUGCAGCAGGAGAAGCAGCAGCUCCGGGAGGAGCUGGAGAAACUCAUGAAGGAGCAGAACCUGCUGGAGACCAAGCUGAGGUCCUACGAGAAGGAGAAGACCAGCUUCGCCCCGGCGCUGGAGGAGACGCAGUGGGAGGUGUGCCAGAAAUCCGGGGAGAUCUCCCUGCUGAAGCAGCAGCUGAAGGAGUCCCAGACGGAGCUCAACACCAAGACCACCGAGAUCCUCGGCCUGAAGGCGCAGCUGAAGGAGGUGAGGGCGAAGAUGGAAGGGCUGGAGAUGAAGACCCAGGAGCUGGAGGUGUCCCUGCGCACCAAGGCCAUGGAGCUGGAGGUGUGCGAGAACGAGCUGCAGCGCAAGAAGAACGAGUCGGAGCUGCUGCGGGAGAAGGUGAACCUGCUGGAGCAGGAGAUCGUGGACCUGCGCACGGAGCUCGCCGUCCUCAGGGAGCAGCUGAGCGAGGCCCGGGAGGGGCCCGGGCCCCGUGUGGGGCUGGAGGAGGCCCAGGCCCUGCAGGGCGAGGUGGAGAGGCUGCGGGCAGAGCUGGAGGCCGAGCGGGACAACAACGAGCAGAUGACCUCGGGCUUCCAGCACGAGCGGCAGACGUGGAAGGAGGAGAAGGAGAAGGUGAUCCACUACCAGAAGCAGCUGCAGCAGAGCUACCUGCACAUGUACAAGAGGAACCAGAACCUGGAGAAGAUGCUGCAGCAGCUGGCCGCGGGGGAGGAC